AUGCCGCUCACUAUUCGGAAGGCCUUUAGUUUGACCCCGUGCCUCGCCCAACCCAAGCGCCUUGAGGAAUGGAUAGUGCUGAGUGCACGGGGACUGGACACAUCUAUAUUUGGCCUACACGAGUAUAUGAUUGAACGCCAGAAGACUUAUGGAGCACCUCGCCCGCGACUCAGUGAGUGAUGCGAGGAACAGUGAAAUACCUGAAGAGAACCCCAAUUGUGAGAAAGGUCAGACUCUAGGAUAGCUCCGUUGGUUUUCAUCUAAACCUUGAACAUCCUUGCACAUUAGCAGAGUACGUUACAAUCUACAACAUCAAACUACUAAUCUAAUCUAUAUCUCCCGAAUUGUUAUUGUAGACGCGUUAAGAAUGUAAAAGUAAAUAAAAAGCUAAAUCUGAUCAUCACUGUCAAUUUAAAAUUUUAAAACUUGACUAAGAAUCUACCUCUCCCCUUCCCCUCCUUGAUUCUUUGCCUUCCUUUUCUUCUAGGCCGACCACCUUUAACCUACUUUUUCCGUAUUGUAGCCGCCACAAUGUUACUACAACCAAACAUGGUUAAUGAAGCAGUCAAGCAUAAGUAUACCAUAAGAAAGAAAUGA